GGGUCAUGACCUCCCAUGACUGAAAGCUUGCCAACUUGCUGGCAGGGGAGCACAGCCACGCAGUUUCUUACAAUUUUUCUUUCUUGGUCAGAUGAAGUGCGGGCUGGCACCUUCCGGCAGCUUUUUCAUCCAGAACAACUGAUCACUGGAAAGGAAGAUGCAGCUAACAACUAUGCUCGUGGCCACUACACCAUUGGCAAGGAAAGCAUUGAUGUGGUACUUGAUCGUGUUCGUAAGCUGACAGAUGCCUGUUCUGGACUGCAGGGAUUCUUGAUCUUCCACAGCUUUGGUGGAGGCACUGGCUCUGGCUUUACCUCCUUGCUGAUGGAGCGCCUCUCUGUGGAUUACGGAAAGAAGUCCAAACUAGAGUUUGCCAUCUACCCAGCCCCUCAGGUCUCCACCGCUGUGGUGGAACCAUACAAUUCUAUCCUCACCACACACACCACCCUGGAACACUCAGACUGUGCUUUUAUGGUGGACAAUGAGGCUAUCUAUGACAUCUGUCGCAGAAACCUGGACAUUGAGCGCCCAACUUACACUAACCUCAAUCGACUCAUCAGCCAGAUUGUCUCCUCCAUCACUGCCUCGCUGCGCUUUGAUGGUGCCCUCAACGUGGAUCUGACAGAAUUCCAGACAAACCUGGUUCCCUACCCACGCAUCCACUUCCCCUUAGUGACCUACGCCCCCAUCAUCUCUUCUGACAGAGCAUAUCACGAGCAGCUCUCGGUGGCUGAAAUCACCAGCUCCUGCUUUGAGCCCAACAACCAGAUGGUGAAGUGUGACCCACGACACGGGAAGUACAUGGCUUGCUGCAUGCUCUAUCGAGGUGAUGUAGUUCCCAAAGAUGUCAAUGUAGCAAUUGCUGCCAUCAAGACCAAGAGAAAUAUCCAGUUUGUUGACUGGUGUCCUACAGGCUUCAAGGUUGGGAUCAACUAUCAGCCUCCCACAGUAGUUCCUGGCGGAGACCUUGCCCAGGUUCAGCGAGCAGUCUGUAUGCUGAGCAACACCACAGCCAUUGCAGAGGCCUGGGCAAGGCUCGACCACAAGUUUGAUCUGAUGUACGCCAAGAGAGCGUUUGUGCACUGGUAUGUGGGUGAAGGUAUGGAGGAAGGAGAAUUUGCAGAGGCUCGUGAGGACCUAGCUGCCCUGGAGAAGGACUAUGAAGAAGUGGGAACUGACUCAUUUGAAGAAGAAAAUGAUGGGGAGUAAUUUUAAAAUAUACUUUGCUCCUACUGAGCACAGAAUUUUCUCUGUAUCACUGUACUGCACUUCUACCAUUACGUCACCCCUUUGUGUGCAAUAUACAGAAAUAUAGAAGGGGUCAUGUAA